AUGCCCAGUGCUCCUAUGAAUAUCGGGACUCAACAGACUUCUACAGCAGCUGCUGCUACGCUGGGAGGUGGGAAUAACCGUCAAAUAUCAAUUGGGGAUAACCCGCCUCCUUUAGAAUUGUCAUUACAAACAGAACAACCAGGAAGGGCACAUAUUCAUACAUCUGAAGACCAGCCCCUUGAUCUUUUAUCCCCAGAACGCGUAAAGAGAGCACUGCAAUCAUUCUUCGAUAGCAUAUACCCCUUACCAACAUUUUCCUUCCUCCACAAAGCCUCUUUACUCCGCUGGAAUCAAACAGGCCAAGCAGACCACUGUCUCCUCUUAUCCAUCAUCGCCAUAACCUCCCGUCUACCAGGCCGCGACGCAACAGAAGUCAACCUAGGCAUUCGCUGCUCAGCAUUAGCCCAGAAUCUCAUUCUAAGAGACCAGGGACGACCAAAUAUCAUCAAAGCCCAAUCUCUCUUAUUGACAAUCAGAUACCACAUGUGGAGCGGGAAUACGUCAGAGGCACUUAUCCUUAUGGCAACGCUUGCACGGUUUGCUUUUGCUUUGCGUCUGAAUUAUGAAAAUCCGAAUCUUUGCUCACUGGCUCAAGAGUCGCGGAGGCGGCUGAUGUGGGCUGUUUAUGUUUUGGAUACUUUUCUUGCGGGUGGUAUACCGGAAUUUACUCUUUGUCCGUCUAAUGUGCUUCACACUUCGCUGCCGAAUCAGGAGACGACUUUUGAGCUUGAUACCUCUUAUGUCAGUGUGCCUUUGCAUGGACCUGGUGAUUGCUCUGAAGAUGGGGAUAUUGGAUUACUAGGGUAUUAUAUCCGCGUUAUAUACCUUCGGGAUAGUGUGCUCAGCUCCCUUAACCGAUCUCAAUUAAACGAUGAAAGCAUAUCCGAAGAUAUGCCGUUCCUUGAGAGCAGACCCACAGAGGCACAUACAUCAAUACCAGUCGCGGCGGACGAAGAUUUUGUUUCUCCUGAGACACCUAGAGGCAGAAGCGCUCAACAACUUGAUGCUUCAAAUACAGGAUUUACUUCGCGGGGCCUUGGAGUUAUUCCUAGCUUGACAAUGCCAGAAGGAAUUCCAGAUCCUCGAGGUCAGGACUUAUGGGAUCAGACUAGUGCAUUUGAAGGUGCUUGGGAUGUUGCCAUUUUUCACCCGAUGUAUGACCAGCAGGAUAUUUGGCCUGUCUUGAACCUUUUCCCUACGCAUAUGGAUAUGGACAAGAGCUGA